CUAAUAUCGUGGUGUCAAUACGCUGUGCCAUGCGCCACGUGUAUUCUCUUUAAAAGUUACAGACUUUCAAAGACUUACCUACAUCCUCUUGAUAAAAAUCCCACAUUCGCCGACUCAAAGUUAUGCUCAAAUCCUGGUUGGCGAGGAACGCAAUAUUUAAAGCCAAAUACACAAAAUGGGCAUUCCUAGCACUCUUGGCAAUUGUGAGCUUCAUCAGUUUGCUGCCUCUGACCAGAAAGUAUACAAUUGUGCUAAAUUCUUUUACAAAAGAGGUUCACAAUACAUGGACCGGGGAAGAAUUGUUGGAUACUCUUGACGCAGAGAGGAAAAGGAUACAGUCUGCUCUGGUUAAUUUCACUUUUCCCACUGAGAGUUCAACUCGAUCUAUCAAAGAGUUACUACUAGAGGAAGGAGGUGCUCAACAUAUGACGAUCAUUAUUAGCUACUGGAGAAGUGGGUCAACUUUUCUCGGUGAUAUUCUGAAUAGUCAUCCAGCUACGGUCUAUUUUUAUGAACCGUUCAAAAGCUACCGAGCACAACAAAUCAGAUCACCGCCGCAUUCUGAGGAAGCCUAUCAGCUGCUUACACAACUUCUGAACAGCAACUACUCUGACACAGAGGCGUAUUUAGAAUUUGAAAAAAACAGAAAUUCCUUUGUCAAACAAAAAAAUAUUCCGCUGCACAGAGUCUGUAAGCAUAAAGGCGCUAAAUGUUUUGAGCCUCAUUUUCUUUCGCAGUUUAUGAAACUUUAUCCCUUUAUGGUGAUGAAAAUAACCCGACUUCGACUGAGCCUCAUAGAGCCGUUUCUCAUCAGCUUAAGGUACAAUUUGCGAGUUAUCCUUUUGGUGAGGGAUCCUCGAGGGAUAAUGACAUCAAGAUCCCACCAUGCAUGGUGCAACAAGGAUCCAGAUUGUGCUCAGCCGCUUCAUACAUGCUCAGAUAUGAUUGCAGAUUAUGCGACAGCCAUUCGCUUUUCCGAAAUGUUCCCGAAGCGAUUCAUGGUGCUUCGUUAUGAAGAGUUGGCCUUUGAACCUCUGAAGAAAACAAGGGAGCUGUUUAGAUUUAUGGGGCUAAAACUGCACCGCAGUGUAUUGAAGUUCCUUUUAACGCACACAAAGUUCAAGGCAGGUGGCGCCUUUGGCACUUUUCGCAACUCAACAGCAACCGCUUUAGCGUGGCGCAGCACCUCACCAGAACGCAUAUUGAACAUCCAGUCUCAGUGCGAGAUCGCAAUCCGGCUUUGGGGCUACUCAUUUAUUAGAAAUUUCAUGGACCUUCAGAAUUUUUCGCCUCUCAAGCCUAACUUCACUGUCGCCAAACAUUUCCGUCUUGAUGCUGAGGAGGGUGUAAAUUGCAAAAUAUGAGCUUUGUUUCUCAAGUAACCAAGACUCGAAGAAAAUGACAUGAGAGGAGAAUACACAGUAUAAUGAUUUAAACUAAAAGUCAGCAAAAUAUAAGGUGCCAAGAACCCUUCAUAACAAUGCUGUCAUAUUAAGCCCCAGUUUAUGCCCCUAAAAAAUUCUUAUUUUUGUUCAUUUUCACUUGCAUCAGCUCCGUAUCAUAAGACUCGGAAUGUUAUUUUAAAAAUACGACCCCCCCCCCUAAAUGAAUUUAAUUUCAGUUUCAUGAAUUUAGGAAAACACUUUUUUGGAAGAAAAUAAUUUUUUGAUAUGAUUUGAUAUUUUUUUUUAGUUCAUUUUGUAAAGUUACGCAUUUUGCUAUUUAUGGAAUAUUUUUGUUCACUUUCACUUGCGUCAGUACUGUAUCAUAAGACUCAGAAUGUUAUUUUAAAAAUCCACCACCUCCCCCCCUAAAUGAAUUUCAUUUCAGUUUCAUGAGCUCAAGGAAGUGUUUCAUUAAGAAGUUGACAAAAUCUUCCCAUAGAUUCAAACAUAACUUUUUUUGAGAGUCCACGUUAGAUAAGUUCCCGCGCUUUUAGACUCUACUUCUAGAGUGCGGUUAGAGAUAAGACUGUGUUCGCUCUCUUACAUAUAGUUUAGCAUAUUGAAAGCAAAUACAUGAAUCAUGAUGCCGGAUCGCCUGUCGCAUUCUGAA